GUUCCAGUUGUACCGCUCCUUCUUGGGCCACUUGGUUUGGUCUCAUCAUACCAAAUGUAGUUUAUUUGGAGAUGGAUCUCAGGCGUCUUGAGGGCACUGUACGAGAGAGAUACCCAAAUGCCUCUUUAAUGGAUGGGUGGGCUAUGUGGAUGAAGAGGAAAGUGGUGUCGAGGAACAUGAAGAUGAUUACGAGGAGGAUGACAAGAUAUGACAGCUUGGACUUAUGUGACUUGACAACGCCGAUGAUGAAAGAUGGGAAAAUGCUUGCCAGAUAUGAAGACUUUUUUAUUCUUAAAAAGAUUGACCAAAAGAGAAGACCUAAACAUUUUGGUGGAUUAGAUGACAUGGAUAAUGAUGAACCUAAGGACAAUGAUGACAGUAAGACGAUCCGGAGAAAGCAAACUUGGGACCAAAUAUGCAGGCGAG